UUAGGCACUUUAUUUCAACUUUUCAAAUAUUUUCUUCAUUUUUAUUAAAAAUAAAUGCCUUUCCGAUCUGAUUUGUGACAGGAAAAGGGAGAAGAGCGAGUUCGGCAAAAGGCGGAUUCGAACCCGCGUCGAUCGCAUCAAAAGCUAUUCAAAUGUCAAACGCCCUGCAGCCUACGCUACUACAGACGUUGAAAAAUCCCGUCUUUUUAGUAUUUAACUGAAAUCAUUCAAUAGCUUCAUUACAGCAUACACACAUUACUUUCGGACAGUUGUUGGUAUUUUAAGCAAUAUAUGAGGUAAAUUCCCUGUUUUGGGUUGACGCAUGACAACUUACUAGCGUAAAAAGAUAAAAGUUCACACUCCUUUUCUCUGCUCCACUGCCGCUGAGAGGCCGCCAUCUUGUUUGAAUUUUUUCUGAGAUCUCCGAACCGAACACGUGAUCGGCUGCUAACAUUCUGAUUGGAGGAUCUCAAAAAAUUGCCCACGACUGAUCUAACGUAUCCAGAUAUAUAUUUGUUGCUCAUUCUCAGUAGUGGUGGGAGAAAAGCUCGAUGCAUCGAUGCAUCGCGAUUCGUUAUCUAACGAUCCAGAAUCUAUUCUCAAAAAUUCGGAAUCGAUUCUGUGUUCAAUUCACAUGCGAGCGCUGUCAAGACUCACGUGACCAAACAAAAAAGACGUUGAUGGACGACCGUUCAUAUGCUGGUGAAUUAGCUUAGUUUAAGAUAAAAUGGACAAACUACGACCUGCACCAUCUCAUUUAAAAUCGGAUGUGUGGCAACAUUUUGGAUUUUCUGAAGACACCGAAGGUGUCGUUGAUAAAAGCCAUACUGUGUGCAAAGUCUGUAGCGCCAAAUUCAAAUAUUUCGGCAACACGACUAACAUGAAGAAACAUAUUACGCGGUUCCACUCAGAGCUGGAGAAACAGCAUUCUCUUCCAAUCACGAACACUCCCGGUUACAUUCAAAGGACCCUGGAUCAAGUAGCAAAGCUUCCACCGAAUUCUGAAAAGGCAAAACGAAUUACCCGAUCAGUGGCGGGUUUUAUUGCCAAAGAUCUGCGCCCGUACUCCGUUGUGGAAAACCAAGGAUUUCGCACGAUGUUACAGGUACUUGAGCCACGAUACACUUUGCCCUUGCGUCGUUAUUUUAGUGAGACGGCUGUCCCCGCACUCUACAGUGAGUGUAAAGAUCACAUCUUAGAAUCCCUAAGUAAUACGGACAGAGUGGCAAUAACAUGCGAUGCAUGGACAUCAAUUACAACAGAAUCGUAUGUCACUAUUACGGCACACUACAUUACAGAUGAGUGGAAGCUUGCAGCUUGUGUUCUGCAAAUGCGUGCUAUGAGCGAAAGUCACACAGGGGCGAAUAUUGCUGAACUACUGCACAAUGUUUCAGACGAAUGGAAAAUUCGGAACAAAGACUUGGUUUUGGUGAGUGACAAUGCCUCUAACAUGGCUGUUGCAGCACAGCUCGGCAAGUUUUCACAUGUUAGAUGUUAUGCGCACACACUGAAUUUGGCUUCCCAACAAGCGCUGAAGUUGCCGUCUGUGUCAAGGUUGUUAGGGAGAGUGAGGCGGAUCGCGACUUUUUUCCACCGCAGCGCAAUUGCAAACCAUCAGUUGAAGGAGAAGCAAAAACAACUAAAUCUUCCGUCUCACAAACUGAAAUCAGACGUCAUCACUAGAUGGAACAGCGCAUACGAGAUGCUUGAAAGAUUUCUUGAACAACAGCCGGCUGUCUGUGCUGCGUUACUAUCACAGGAGGUGAGAAAAGGAGCGGCUGAAAUCUUCACUCUCACGGAAUCCGAUAUUUCAUGCAGUGAGGAUGUGAUAACUGCUCUUAAGCCUAUGAAAGAUGCCACACUUCUGAUGUCAGAGGAGAGCAGCCCCACUGCGUGUUUAAUUGCCCCAUUGCAUGCUAAACUGAUCCAGGACAUGAAAGAAAACACUGAGGAAAAAUCAGUGAUGAUCAGGGAGAUAAAGAGGGUCAUAUGUGAGGACCUCAGCAAAAGGUACACCACUAACCAGGAGACUAGCCUUCUUAACAAAUGUGCUUCUCUCGACCCACGCUUUAAGGCACUGCCUUUUCUUUCCAAAGAAAAGAGAGAGGAAACUUACAAAACACUGAUCACUGAAGCUUCAUCAUUACAAGAGCAGAAAGUGCCUGACAAUCUAGAAGACAGCACUGUGAAAGAAGCCAACAUCUCAGUGAGCCCACAGCCUGAAGUCACAGAGUUGCAGGAUGACUGUCCUACUACUUCAAAAGGAAGAGCUUCAUCUCUGCUUCACAAUCUGCUGGGGCAGACCUUCUCUGAUGCUUCAGAUACACCAUAUCAUCAGUCACCCUCUGCCUUGGUUGAAGAGGAGAUGACCAGGUAUUGCAGUACCCCACCACUCCCUCUAACAGAGGACCCCCUCAACUGGUGGCAUGUCAACAAGGUGUCAUUUCCUGUGCUCUCCAAAAUGGCAAAGAGAUAUUUAUGCAUUCCAGCAACCAGUGUGUCUGCAGAGAGGGUCUUCUCCACUGCAGGUGAUAUUGUGACAGCACAGCGAAGCACACUUACUUCUGAACAUGUGGACCAACUGCUGUUCCUACACAAAAACUUAGUAUUAUAGUAUUAUAUAAGAUAAACUAUGGUAGGCCAGCCUAGAUGUUGAAUAUUUAAGUUUGUAUUUAAUUUGUUCCCUGACAUUUUUCUUCUGCAUUAGCCUGUUUUAAAGAUUUUUUUGUGUGUGGCUCUAGACAUUUUUUGUUAAAAUGUUCAAAAUAAACUGAAAAAUUGUCACACUUUUGUUUUGUCACUCAAAUUGAGUGUGUUUGAGUGUGCAAAUUGAUUACACAGUGUGCGUAUUGAUCACACAAAUUUUUUUUGUCACAUAAAUUGUCAUACAAAUUGAGAACUGUUUAUUCUUAAUGAUUGUUCAUUGCAAUUGUAUGGCUUACCAUUCAUUCAGAGUUUGUUAAUCCUGAAAAUAACUUUGUUAAUAAAUUAAAAGUAUUGAAAAAGAAAUAUUCAUAAUCAUUUUUAAUUUGGCAAUACUGUCAAACAGAUAUUCUAACUAUAUACAAAAAGCAUAGUAACUCCAAUUUUGGUUAAAAUAAAAAGUUUAGAGUAUUUUUUGCACAGCAGGAUAAUUAAUUAAGAAUCGUUUUGGGAAUCGGAUCGUUCCUCCCAGAAUCGGAAUCGGAUCGAAUCGUUAAGUGCCUUAAGAUUCCCACCUCUAAUUCUCAGUGGGAAAGUGCCCAAGCAACGUUGCUCGGCAACAUUGCCCAGCAACAUUGCUCAAAAAGUUGCCCCGUGUAUCAUCACCUUUAGAGUUCAACUUUGCAGAUAGAACCUUUUUGUUUUCUAAACAAAAGUUCCAAAAUUUACACAACUUAAAAAAGAAACAUCACAUAAUGUAAAUGAGUUGUCACAGAAUAAGAAUAUGUGAAUAACUCGAUUUUGACAAAAAUGUCAGAUAGAACCUUACAAUUCCAAGGGGACGAAAUGUAUAGAAUUUUCACUCUGCACUUUUCCCUAAAAACAUUAAUUCAUUUAUAAUUAAGACUGACUGCCCUUAAUUCUGCAGUCAUUAACAGUGAUGGGAAUAACGGCGUUAUAAAUAAAUGGCGUUACUAACGCCGUUACUUUUUUCAGUAACGAGUAAUCAAACAAAUUACUUUUUCUCCCGUUACAAUGCCGUUACCGUUACUGGCAAAAAAAAUGCUGCGUUACUAUAAUUGAGCUUACUGAAGGGGUUUUCAUCUGAGUUGGCUCUCUCUUAGCCAUAGGACCUGCAAUGUUUUUUUUUUUUCUCUGGUGUGUGCUGCGGUUAGUCAUACACAAAUAUAAUUUUAAACUGAUAAUAAUUAACGAUGCUCUGUGUGUGUGUCUGUGAGCAAGCGAGCUGAGCGCGAGCUCAAACCAGAAUACCCUUUGUGACAUGCUGGAUUGAAAAUAUGGGAAAUAAGUUGUUCUAGUCGCCUAGUAGUUAUUCAUUUAAGCCAUUAGUUGACUAAUCACAUUUUGUUAAUUUAAUUUCUUAAAUACUGGAGAGAAUAAACUAAUAAUGAGCGUUUAUGUAAUAUAGGCUAUAAAGGCACUCAA